GCUUGUGUGGUCCCACUGGGUUCGGUUUCUGGUUUCUGGUUGCCGGCGUCUUGUCUCCUGGGAUAUGAUCUGAUGCUAUUUACCACUAUUCACGAAUUUUUCUUGGAGUAUACUGGAUCUCUUUUUGGAUGGUUUGUAUGCUUCCCAUCGUUAUUGUUACUUCUCACGGCACCCCCUUCAUACCUUUACCCUACCCUCUGCAUUCGCAUUCGCAUCUCACUCACUCGUUUGGUUAUUCCGACGUUCCUUACUACAUAAUACUUAAUUCCACCCCCUUUCCUUUGCUCCUUGCAUCUACGCUACGAUUUAUGCCUUGGGAUAUGGGUCUUUGCUUUGUUUUCUUUUUUCUUUGCUCUCUGCUAGCCAGAAUACUCUCGUUUUCCCCACGGACGGAUGCCGUUGAAACCAUCGUGCGAAAAAUCCUAUUCUACACUUCUACUUCCAUAUUUUUCUCUAGUUUGAAAGGGGGUUCUUGGGCUUCGGGCAAUGUACAUCAUUUUUCCUUGGCUGGUUCAUUCCCUGCCUGCAUGUCAUGUUGAGUGGUUUAACUGAUUUCAAAUUAUUGAUACCCUUCCUCUCGACCUGGAAACGCAACUGAUUGAGAUGAGAUGGUCAUGGCAAACAGAAAGCAGGGGUAUUUCCCGGUUUUCUUAUUCGUUAUGUUCUUAAAAGAAAUUACUGCUGGGAUGUUUUUUCUUAUAUCGAUACGGAGUAUAAGUGGGAUAAUAUAUACAUACAUGGCUUUGCCCGUCCACGGGUUGGAUCAAGUUGGUUACAAGAAUUAGAAAACGGCCAUGUCGGCUGUGCGGCCUGGAGAGGCGUGAUAAUGUCAACAUGAAUCGUGAAAAUUAUAACUAUUAACAGGGUGUGGCAAAUAUACCCCCUAUACUAAGCUCAGUAUAUGCCACACUUGCAGACGGCGGACCGGACGGACGAACUUCUGUCCGCGACACCUCCCUUAAGUAUACACUUGUCUGAGAGAUGACAUGACAGUAUUUCUGCCCAAGUAGCGAUGUGCAUGCAUAUCCCGAAACUGCUCCCAUGCUUCCUGAUUGCAUGAUGCGCCCCGCUAGCAAAAUACAUCGCAAGGAUAGGUGCAUGUUGACAAGGAGUCUAGGUAGAAAAAUGCCAAACCCUGCCCACACGCAUGUUGCUAUGUAUGGGGGGUAUGCACAGCACCACGAUAACCCAGCAUUCUCGAGCUCCAUACGCAUCCAUUCCGCGUCACCAUUCCCGGCCAAAAUCCGCCCCAAAAGCGAAUGGUAGGGACAUGCCCCUAAUUUAUAACCAAUAAGGAUAAUUCAGCUCCUUCGUAGUCGCCAAAUUAUUCAAUAUCCGGUCUCUGGCAUCAUGAUCAUCCCGCCUUCGUGCCGCUUAUUAUCAAAAAUAGCACAAGUCAAUUGGUAUCAUAACAUCGUUUGCUGUCUAUCGAAUUUCUCUUUGUUCCGAUGGGCGUGGCAGCGGUCAU